AUGAAAAGAUGUUCUCCUGUCCUCAACACUGCCAGUGGAGUAGCUGUCGGUGAAGCAACCCUUCCAAAUUGGAGGAAACAUUUCAAGACCUUGGUGAACCGGCAAGUGCUGUUAGCUCCUGAACUCGAGCACGUUCAUAGGCCGACAUAUGCGGUUAACGAAAAGGCACUGAGCGAGUCAGAGAUUCUGCUCUGCAUCCAAAAGAUGACAAAUGGAAGAUCUGGUGAAAACGACGGGAAAUGCUGA